AUGGGGAUCACUGGGCUCCUUCCGCUCCUAAAGCCGGUCACCAAGGAUGUACAUAUCAGAGAGCUCAAGGGUCUGACUGUCGGCGUUGACACGUACUGUUGGCUGCACAAGGGAAUCUACAGCUGCAGCGCGGAGCUUUGCCAGGGAAUCGCUACCGACAAGUUCAUCAAGUACUGCGUAGAGAGGGUUCACCUACUCCUGAGUCACGGGGUGAAGCCCUACCUGGUGUUCGACGGAGGCCACCUUCCCGCCAAGGCGGGCAAGGAGGAAGAGCGGAGGGCCAGGCGAGAGUCCAACCUGCAGCGCGGCAUGCAGCUGAUGAGGGAGGGGAACCCCUCGGGGGCGCACCAGUUCUUCUGCAAGGCCGCCGACGUGACCCCCUUCAUGGCGCACCAGGUGAUCAAGCGGAUUCCCGGCGUGCGGUACGUGGUUGCUCCGUACGAGGCGGACGCGCAGCUCGGAUUCCUCGCCCGAAACGGCCACGUCGACGCCGUCAUCACGGAGGACUCGGACAUCAUGCUCUUCGGCUGCACGCGCGUCGUGUUCAAGCUGGACCGCGACGGGACGGGGCAGGAGGUGGACCUGCGAGAGGUGUUCUCGCGAAGGAACGACGAGCUCGACAUGCGCGGCAUGAACGAGGACGACCUGAUGACGCUCUGCGCGCUCUCCGGCUGCGACUAUCUCCCUUCGGUGCACGGCAUGGGGCUCAAGAAGGCCUACCGGAUGGUGUCUCGUCACAAAGAGGCGAGUGCCAUCGCAGCAAACCCUGCCAUCAUCUGGCUGCCGAAGAUCUUGAGAGCGGUCAAGUUUGACUCCGCAGGGUCUUUCCCCCGUGGCUACGAAGCGGACUUCCAGCGAGCGUUGCUCACGUUCCGACACCAGCGAGCGUUCGACCCCGUGUCCCGCAGCGUGGUGCACAUGACGCCGCUGCCGGAGAUCUUGCCGAGCGCCAUAACGACAGCACCUUCUGCAGCUAACGACGGAAUGGGGCCCCGUGAUUUGGAUCGCGCCGCCGCGCUGGCCUUCCUGGGCCCUCCGGUUGAGCAAGAGAGAGGGUGCGCCGUCGCCGACGGCGACGUGGACCCCAUCACCGGGGAGACUUUUUCGGAGAUGGGAGGCCGGGGGGGGGGAAAGGACGGCGCGAAGACACCAGAGAGCGCCAUGAGCGAAGCGGCGGCCGCGGCGCUGGCGGCGUGGCGAGGGGGCUCCGUGCCUGCGCCAGGCGGCGGUGGUGGUGCGGGGAAAACGAAGAAGCUGUCCGCGCAGGGCAACAACCUCACCAAGUACUGGGGCGCGCCGCUGCCCUCCAAGAAGUCUGGCGCCAAGCGUUUCGGCGGUGGCGUGGCCGCGGGCCGCGGCGGCUUUGAGCUCGGCGGCGCCGGCGGCGACGGCGGCGCGACACCUGACCGCCCCCCGCGAGUGGCAGGCUUCCGCGGUGGAGGGGCCGCCGCAUCCCGAACGCUGGAGAAGAAACUUGAUCCGGACAGAGCCAGCCCGGCUCAGUCGCCGGCGUGCGUGUCCCCCGGCAGCUUCUACGCCGGCGUCAGCCCGUCCCCCCCCCCGCCGCCGGCCACGGCCUCCUCCGGCGAGGUCAACGGGUGCGAGGACAAGGAGAACCAGGACCCGCUCUCGAUGCCACCGCCGCUCGAGGACAAUCCAUCGGGGGGGCAGGGAGAGGAGGAUGACCCGCCCGCUGCUUCGACGAGCAAGUUCUUUGGCGGCGGUGGCGGUGGCGGCGGCGGUAGGGGGGAUGCGGCCGUGCAGUCGUCGUCCGGCCUCCGUAGGCGAUUUCGGCCACCUCUCGCUGCGGGCAGGAGUUCCGCCGCCGGCGCCGCCGCCGGCGGUCGCUCUGCUCUUUGCGGAGGUGUCGGCGGCGGCCAUAACGACACCGGAGACACGGGCCCAUGGGGAGCAGCACACUACGCGUAUCCUCGCCUCGAUGUUCCGCAAGAGACGGCGGCGGUGGCCGGGGCGACUGGCUUGGGCUCAGGCACCGCCACGUGCAGCGGUGGCGGCGGUGGCGGCGGCGGCCGGCUGAAGCGGAGGCGGACGCUCGGGCUCGGAUCGGUGGCACCCAGCGGGAUGAUCCGCGGCUUGGAAGGGGUGGGGGGCGGCGGGUCUGGGGGACCCGGUCGGCGCAGCAAAAGCCUUGGAGGAAGGUGUACCUAGCGCUGCGAGGUUUGACGACGAAGACGACAACCCUAACGGCAACGACGGUGACGAAGCAGGCUGUGUCGGAGACGCUAGCGGUGAUUGCGUCAACAACCUCUUCGAGAGGUUCGCGGCGAGGCCGCAACAUCAUCAUCAUCAUCAU